GCACCAGUUACGUCUGACCGUAAAAAAUAGAAACUUCCAAGAUGGCCGAGUCCGUGGACUCCAUGCAUUUCGCUGCGAACAGCAAAACAAAUUCCCCGAAAMCCCUACUGGCCAAACGACCGCCCGAGAGCCGUCCGCAGUCUUCCAGCGACAUUUUCCCACCCACCCCGAAGAAGGUCAGGGUGGAGGAGAAGGGUCUGAAGCACAGGAAACUGAACGGAGAGGUGUGCGCAGGGGAAAAACACAACGGGAAGCAGAGUUGUGGAAGCCCAGCGAAAUGGAGUUUCGGCCCGGCCAAGGCGAGCCAYUCCACCGCCUCCGCGAUGCCAACUACCCCUGUCCGGAAAAUCUUCAAAAUCAGCAACUUCCUGGCCUCGCCUCCCAAAGUGAAAAAGGCGAAGGAGAAGCGACACAAGGAGAAGGAGAGGAGCAGCGAAGCCCCGCGGAGCUCCGCCGCCGCUGUGGAGAGAGUGAGCCCCGCUAGCUGCCAUACAAAGACGGAGAACGGCGACGUGAAAACGCUGCAGAGAGAUCACAGUGUGAAGGAGAAAGACAGGCAGAAGAAGAAGGAAAAGAACAAGGAGUGGAAAAAACACAAACUACCACCUGUGCAUGACGUUGUGAGAGAAAACGGAGAGGUGAUGUCCCCACAGAAAGAGUCUAAAGAGGUGCUCAGCGUUGGUUCAGAGGAAGAGCUGCUGCUUAAGAAACUCAAGAAGAAGAAGAAAAAGAAGCACAAAGACAGCGAGUGGGUGAAGGAGAGGCACAGCCGGCCCAAAAUGUACCACCGAUCCUGCCAGACUGUGUGCUCAGGGGUGACUCUGGGUCUGCCGGAGUUCCUUGGUCGGAUCAACGGGGACAGCAGCAGCAGUGGUCUAAUCCACAGCACUACAAUACCACAACACUUCCAGGAUMCUGCUGCUGCUGCUUCUCCCACCAUGUCCUCCAUGGUCAGGGACAGGCUCAGCUACGGCUGCACAGCCACGGCGGGCCUUCCCGGGCUGGAGUUCAGCCAUCUGAUCCACAUCGAGCAGCAGGCCAACGGCGGCGCCUCCGUGGUGCAYGCCUACAUCGAGGAGCUCUCCUGUCUGUCUCCAGCAGAGAUGCAGCGCUUUGCAGAGGAGUUUGUGAGCCUGUCGUUCAGCGAGGAUGGAGCUCAGGCCGCACGCUUUGUGAUGGGAAUCAUCCACGGAGCGGCUUCCUACCUCCCAGACUUCCUGGAUUACUUCUCCUACAACUUUCCCAACGCAACAGUGAAGAUGGAAGUGCUCGGAAAGAAGGACAUCGAGACGACAACCAUGGCUACCUUUCACUCUCAGGUGAAGAGGACGUAUUCCCGGGGAACGUACCGUGCCGGCGCCAUGCGGCAGGUCAGUCUGGUCGGAGCCGUGGACGAAGAGGUCGGCGACUUCUUCCCAGAGUUCCUCAGCAUGCUGGAGGAGUCUCCUUUCCUGGUGAGAACUCUGCCGUGGGGAACCUUCUCCAGUCUGCGGCUGCAGAGCCCGACUGAGAGCGACGACGGCCCCAUCAUGUGGGUCCGACCCGGGGAGCAGAUGAUCCCCAUGGCGGACAUGCCGAAAUCCCCCUUCAAAAGGAAAAGGUCCACCAAUGAGAUCAAGAACCUGCAGUACCUGCCCAGAGCCAGCGAGCCCAGAGAGAUGCUGUUCGAGGACCGGACCAGAGCCCACGCCGAUCACAUUGGUCAGGGCUUCGAGCGACAGACCACGGCCGCUGUCGGCGUGCUGAAGGCUGUCCGCUGCGGAGAGGACAGCGACACUCCCGCCCGGAUCACCAAAGACGUUGUGUGUUUCCACGCCGGAGAUUUCCCAGACGUGGUCAUGAGGCUGCAGCUGGACCUCCAUGAGCCGCCGCUGUCGCAGGUGGGACGGACGUUUCUUUCCUUAAGCUUUCCAGCAGCGUGCGAUUGCUGUAAACGCUCGUUUCUUCUUGCUUUACUGCCCCACUAAUUAUUUCCAUGCUUGACAGUAAAUCUGGUUACUGUGUGUUAUGUAAAUUAUCUGCUAAACCGCUGACUAUUAACUCAACUUGUCAACAAAUGAGGAACUGCCCAGAUUCUUUGUUUUUAGUCUAAAAGUGUUUUUAUUGCAGACAAUAAGCAAAUUAAUGGUGAAGUAAAAUGCAUAUUUAGCAACCGUAAAGCCAGUUAAGAGUAAACAAAUUCUGAUUUAAUUUACUCACUGUUCUUGUGUGCAGAAAUUAAGUUGUCUCGAGAUUUUAAUAAAUGAGAUUAAGCAGAAAUUCUGUAAUCUGGUGAUGUUUGGGGUUUGAAACAGUCUGGUAAUUAUUUUGGAAUUUAAUAAAAUUGGAAAAGAAUGAGGGAACUGAAAAUGAAAAUUAUUUCCCGACUUUUGUCCCCCAUCCAAAAGAAAGAGGUAUUUUUGCUUUUYUUCCUCCUUCCUUUCACCCAUACAUCCUUUCCUCAUUACUUUCCUACCUUCCUUCCCUUCUUCUGUACUUCCUCCUCGUCAUUCGUUCAGUCCUACCUUUUGUCUCUCUUUUAUUCAUUUCUUUUUCUGUUCUUUUUGUGUUUAUUCAUUUUUUACCUCUGUUCUCCUUUCUAUCCUUUCAAUUCACACACUUUUUUUUGUGUCCUUCCUUUUGUUCUGAGAGGGAGAAAUACAAGAACUUUAUUCUUGUAUUUCCUUUCUUUCUUUAAUACGUCCUUCUAUCCUCUCUAACUUUCUUUUGUACUUUAGCCCUUCUAUCACUCCUUAUGUCCUCCCUUUUUUUCCCUUACCCUCUCCUACUGUGGAACAACCUACCAAAAAUAUGAAAUUUGGGGUCUGGAA